GCACUUAUAUGAUGUGUACACAAAAUCCUUUGUAGCAUAAAAAUCUAAACUAUACAAAGGGUUCUCAAUUUAUUUAUUAUCAACUUCCAACGAACUCUUAUCAAAUUGAAGCAGGAUCAAUAUUGUUACUGUUGAUUUUUUUUCGUCAUCACUGUACUACUACUUCUACCAAUUUCAAUUAUGGACAAAAACAUUGUGCUAACAAAGCCAUUCUCGUUGGAGAAAGAAUCGGAUGGUGAUUCUGAUUAUAGAGCUCCUAAUCUUAUGAAACGUAUACUAAGUCUAUUUAAGAAUGUGCGGCCAGGAUCUGAUCUUACUCGCUUUCAGCUGCCAGCAGAGUUCAACAUGCCAAAGUCACAACUCCAAUGCUAUGGUGAAGAGGUAUAUUGUGGUGCUUGUGACAUGCUAAGCAGAUGCAACAAUGGAGAAAGUCCAAUUGAUAGGUUCAUAUCAGUUGUAGCAUGGAGCAUUUCUACAAGACGCCCUGUCAUUUUUGGAGUUGCUCCUUACAAUCCCAUUCUUGGAGAGACACACCAUGUUUCCACACCAAAUCUUAAUGUCUUGCUAGAACAGGUUUCUCACCACCCUCCGGUGACUGCACUUCAUGCAACAAAUGAGAAGGAAAAGAUAGAAACAAUAUGGUGUAGUUAUGUUGUUCCAAAGUUCAAUGGUGCCGCGGUGGAAGGUCAAGUGCAUGGUAAAAGAGAACUGAAGCUCCACAAUCAUGGAGAGACAUAUGAAAUGAAUGCUCCUCAUCUCAUGAUCAGGUUUCUUCCAGUUCCUAGCUGUGAUUGGGUCGGCAAUGUCCAUAUCCGGUGCCCGGAAUCUGCCAUUGAGGCAGAGUUAUGCUACACAAGCCACACUCUGUUCGGAUUCCGGUCAAGCCGGAAAUCAAUAAAGGGAAAGAUCAUUGAUUCAAUAUCAACAAAGAUUCUGUAUGAAAUUAAUGGUAAUUGGGAUAGUAUUGUGACAGCGAAGGAUACAAAUAAUGGAGAAGUGAGAGUGAUAUAUGAUGCAAAAGAAGUCAUUUCAGGGCUCCAAACUCCUGUUGUGAAGGACUCUGAGUGUGUGUGGGGAAGUGAAUCAGCAGUUGUAUGGAGUGAAGUAAGCGAAGCAAUCAUGAAGAAAGAGUGGGAAAAAGCAACAGAAGCAAAGAAAUGUGUGGAGGAAAGGCAAAGGGAGCUUUCAAGAGAAAGGAUCACAAAAGGAGAAACAUGGCUUCCUAAGCAUUUCACACUCUCUCACUCCAAAGAAGGAGGCUGGAAUUGUUUUCCAAUUCAAAACUGGGUCCCACCCUCUCCUAUUCAGACCUUGUAAUUUCUUUCUUACAAUAAAUAAAAGUAUAUAUGGCAGAAUUUGAAAUUAAUAAAAAUAUGCAUCAAAGAUUGGUAAAUAUUAAAUUUUUAU